AUGGGAAUCAAGGAUUUUUGGAGGAAGCACAAAAACAAGAAGAUCGCGAAGAAAGAUGAGAAGUUGUUGAAGAGGUUACAGGAACUCAAUAUUGAUUCCGAUGAUCUUCUGCAAGCGCCGGUUGUUCUCGUUGAGAGACGAGAAAAUGAUGAGCGACUUUUGACGAGAUUGGAUGAUUUGGAGAAAAGAUUGGAAGGUAUUCAGAGAAGAAAUGGGGAGGAUUUGGAGGAGAAUGGGGAAUCUGAUGAUGGAGAUUUGCCGGGACCAUCAAUGAAUGCUAUGGAAUCGCGAAAAUCCACAAUUCAACCCGUUCAAAUCAACAACUAUUAUCUUGUACCUGGAAAUGAGUUGACGAAUCAACAAAACUCGACAAAUUUGUUUCAAUCAGCUGAGGAAAUUGAGAUUCAACGAAAAAGGGAACAAGAAAAGGAGGAUGAGGAAUUUGCGAGACUAUUACAGUUAGAGUUAGAAGAAGAGGAAUUCUGGACAUUUCGUCGGGAAAGAGAAGAGAGAGCAACAUUAGCAACAUUGGCGGAAGAUGAAGAUCAAGAGAAAAUCGCGCAACGAAGACAGAUUGACAAAGACGCCGAAUUCGCGUGGAGUCUUCAUUUUCGAGAAGAGACAACAAGUGAAGCUUUAGAACCAAAUGAUGAAGUGCCAAUAAUGUCUGCUACUCCGACAAGCGCCUCAAUGAGUCAAAGAGAGGAGAAUCUAGCAGAAGUGCCGGAGUUUGUUCGAAGAGCCAAUGAGAUUCAACGGAGAUUAGCGGGAAAUCCGACGCCGAAAGGUGUUGGCUCGUCGACGGCAUUGAUAACUACUUCAACAAGGCGAAAAGGACAGGCGGAAAGACAAGGCGGAAAUUCUUCUAGUGCAGUGGAAGUGGAAGUGAAUGAAGAGGAAGUAAAAGCGAUUAAUGAGCAAAUCGAGAAUGACGCUGCAUUGGCAAGGGCUUUGGCGGAAGCAGAGAAUGAAUUCUUCGAAAGACACCAUUUGGGGACACGGAAUCGACACUCUACCGGGAACGAUGAGCAACUUGAACGAUUCACGGAACUUGUGGUGAGUUUUGGAAGGAUAGUCAUGCUUAUCAAUAACAGUAACCGUACUUAUCCCCUAAUGCUUCUUUCUGAUUCGGAAUUGAAUGAAAGUGAUGAUGAAGGGAAUAAGAAUUUGGAUGAAGAAAUUGAUGGAAAGCGAUCUUCGGAUGAUCAUUGCGUGAUAUGUCUUGAAGAUGAGAUCAUGGAUGCAGUCGGGUGUGCAAAGUGUCGACAAUUGUUGGGAUGCAGACACUGUGUUCUCAAUUGGUACCGAGGCGGGACUGGAGACGAUUUUAGCACAGCUUUGUGGUUUGUCGUGGCAGGGGAUCAGAAUUAUAAAAGUUGUCCCCUUUGUCGUGUUCGAUGGGGAAAUCAACCGGAGCUGAUCAAUCUACAGCAUCGCCAGAGC